GAACCAGCCUAUCGUGUCGUCAGAGUCUCAGUAGACAUCAGCUUGACACUUGGGCUUGGGCUUUCCCCACAAGUACACAUGUGGCUUCUCAGCACGGAACGCGCAGAGCUCCGCUACUUCAGCGAUCCAGAGCAGGUGCCAGAAGGAUAUGCCAUCCUCUCUCACGUUUGGGACGCAAAAGAGGCAUCAUUCCAGGACCUGGAAGACCUGCGGCAGACUUGCGCGAUAACUGGCAAUAUUCCUCGCGACCAUGCGCCAGACAAGGUGCGCCAGUGCUGCGUCGUUGCAGAACGCCAUGGCUACCUCUGGAUCUGGAACGACACCUGCUGUAUAAACAAAUCCAGCAGCUCCGAGCUUUCUGAGGCCCUCAACUCUAUGUUUCGCUACUAUUCCCUGGCGAAGGUUUGUUAUGCCUAUCUUCGAGACGUCCCCACCAGCGAUGCGGAAACCUUGCGUCAGGAGCAUUCCGCCUUCAGGACGAGCCGAUGGCAUAUACGAGGCUGGACCCUACAGGAGCUCAUUGCGCCCGCGUUCCUCAUCUUUCUCUCGGAAGACUGGGAGAUACUCGGCACCAAGAUGGAAAUGUCGGACGUGCUGGAGGAGAUCACCAGCGUACCCGCGACCGUCCUCAAGAUGGAGAAGCCAAUUUCCGAUGUCAGCGUUGCCUGCCGUAUGGCUUGGGCGGCCAAGCGCCAGACAACGCGAGUAGAGGACGAGGCGUACUGCCUCAUGGGCAUCUUCUCGAUCAACAUGACGACCUUAUACGGCGAAGGGAGACAUGCCUUCCAACGACUGCAGGAAGAGAUCAUGAGGUCUUCGAUCGACGCGAGCCUCUUCGCGUGGGAAGAUGCUGAG